GUGACAUCACUGUACAAACAAGGAAGUCCUCGUCUCGUCCAGCUGUGGGAUUUACCGCGAAGUUUAAUACCAAACCACACAUGGCGGACAAAUACCCUAAAUCUAAGCUGAAGAGAAAGAAAUCCGCUGUGAUCGAGCCUCAAGGGGACAGAUACAAAAAAGAUUCUUUGAUGAAGUUUAGUAUACCGUUCAAUUCCCCUGAUCUUACCAAAGAAGUAAAGACUGACAGUAGCAAAGGAAAUAGGGGAACAGUGUCUCCAACCCUACCAUGGUGGACUCGAAACGAUCUGAAUUCGUCAGAAAAGCUAUGGGCCAGCGCAAUAGAGACAGUUCUCCCUUUCCUGGGUUCUGAGCACUGGGACCCCCUCCCAGAACCCUCCGCAGCGACUUCCAGGCAGAGCGAACGCCAGCCACCCACUCCAGCCAAUGAAGUCCCCCCUUUCCCUGAACCCUCCAGACCCCCAGGAUCCCCUCUCCGAAGUCCCCCCCGACCCCUCGAUACCCACUCCCCAGCGCAACCCGUCGAACCCUCACCCCCCGCUAGUCCUCCGGUGACCCCUCCUCAGGGCGGAGGAGGAGGUGGGCUCCAGGUCCCAGAGACCACAGCGGCCAGUCCCUCCUCCCUGGUGGUCUAUUCACCACCAGGGAGGAGGGAGGACUCGAGACCAGCCCCGACCCAGAAGGAGGUCCCGGCAGGCAGAGAGUCGGUCCCUGAGAAGACGCGGCGAACGGGGGAUCUCGCUGGCAGGCCGGUACGGCCGUUCCCGCUUUGGAGCGGGUCCACCGCCAGAGCUUGUGAGCCCCCCCCGGUGGUGCCCCCCUUUUCAGGGGAGCACCUGGCAGAGAGGGGGGAGACCACGAGGGGGGUGCAGGAGGCCAUGUUGGAUGAGAGGGUGGAGGAGGCGGGACCAUCUGGGGCUCAGCGACAGGGUGGCGGCAAGGGGGAUGGACCGAAGGAGGCGGAGCUAGGAGAAGGAGGGCGAGAACGAACCCAGUGUUGCCCCAUGUGUACGCUGGUGUUCCCAAGCAGGUUCAGCCAGAUGGACUGUGACAGCCACCUGGCCCAGUGUCUGUCCGAGAUGAACGUCGACAUGGCCUGGUGAGAGUGGCUAUUGGAUGGGGUGGGGGGUUGGCCCUGGCCCUCCCCCAACCAAUAGGGUUGGCCCUGGAACGCUCCAAACCAAUCAGGUACAACCUUCCCAUCACUGCCACAUUCUGCAAGAAUUACGGACAUCCCCAGGGCACACUGGGUAUGUCCUUACCCAGCGUCAAAAGACAUUUUCUUUAACAUUGUUUAAUAGAUUGGUGGAGAAUAUCAACUGUCUUGACAAGCAAUCGAUGUUUACUGUUUGUCACUACCUAGAGUUCUUACAUUUAAACACGAUGUAUAGGCUACAUGUUAUUGUGUUUUGUCUGAGGUUGAUCUAUCCUAGUUCAUUCCGUUGUUUGUCUUUUUGCAUUGUUGUUAAUAUGUCUAGCGUGCUAAUGCGCUAGCACGCUACAUUCGCCACGAUACUAGGUUUCUAGGGCAUUGCUAGGGUGUCCUGGGCCGUUGCUAUGGUGUUCUGGGUCGUUUACGUGGGUUCUGUAUCACCCAGUCUAUGCUCUAUUGUGCAGAAGGCGAGAAAUGCAAAUCCCAUAUGUGUGUCUAUUUGAAAUCAAUUUAGCGUCGGAAAUGGAAGUUAAUUCCCCCAGCCUAGCUUUGUGGCAAUACAAUAAACGUGAACUUGAACCUUGACUCGGUUACCGUUAGGAAUUUACUUUGUUAGGUGUUGAUACCACAAACCGUAGGAGGAGAUGUGUGCCAAAAAUCUGGCAGAUAAGACAUAAGAACAAUGCCUUAACGUAAGCCACAGAAGAACAACAUAAGUAAGUAUAAUCCAAUUGGAUGUGGGAAGACUUGGGAAUCAGCUCACUACUUUCCCACUAGGUGAUCCUGAAUACAUUAGCCAGAAUGCACUCAAGUCAGUUGUUGAUCUUUUUGGGGUUAUUCUGCUUUAUACAUUUUGUAUAGAUUACUUUGGCUAAGAGAAGGGAGUGAUGCUCUCAAGAGAAGAGACAGGCUGAGAUGGCUCCUUUUUUAAACUUGGUCCUUCAAAAGCUUCUUGUACUUUGUUCAAGCCUGAUAGUGGGCAGCACUACCAAUACAUUUGCUUAGAAAAUCAAUGUCCUUUUUUUCUUAAUGUUCUUCUUUAAUUAAUUGUAAUAUAAGGGAUAUUUUUGGUUAAUCUUAUCCAAAUCAGUUAAUUUAAUGAGUACACCUUAUCGAGGCAAAAUAUGAGGAAGGAAAACUGCUAAACAAACCUGGAACUGAGUUGGUAGCUGAGUGACUAGUGUGUUCGAAUCCCAGUAGACCAGUUAGAUGCUAAAUUCCCUAAUUUACCUUGAAGUUAUUAUUAUUAAGGACAUUUACUGGACUUUCUUUUUGUGCCCCUCAUUUAAAUACAAGUUUUUUUUGUUUGUAAGUAAACCUACAUAUUAAGUAAACUUUCAUUUUUAAGUACACAGCUGUUUUUAACCACACCCAAUGCUUUGUUUUUCCACAGCUUAAUUAUUUUGAUUUCUGUGCCUAACUUUUGUCACACAUUUACAAAGACACACACACACACGCGCGCACGCACGCACGCACGCACACGCACACAAUUAAUUUGAACUGCUGCAGUACACAAAAAACGGAUGCUGUUCACAGAAAAAAACGGUAUUUGUUUUAUAAUUACAGAUAUUUACAGAGAUGCAUAAUCAAAGCAGAAUAAAGUACAUACAGCCAGCAAAUGUUAGAACGAAAUAAAUCAUCAUGGUCGGAGCACAUUUUUGUUUAAUGAAAUGUUUUUUCAUUAAGCAAACGUUACUUUACUUUAAAAUGGCGGCCACUGGGUUGUCAGAUGAGGACUCUCAGGUUGUCUUAUUGGUCCCUUGAGUAAAACAAUGCAACCGGAUCUUCUGUUUCACAAUUAGACAAAACAAAAGCGUUUGACGGGAUUUGACAAUGAAAAAUAAGAGUGCGAAAGAGAUCAACUCAACAUUUUUUAAUUUAUAUACUUUUUCAGCCUUGCUGCCUAGGACUGUGUGUAUGUGUGUGAGUGCCUGCACGUUUUCUUGUGGUUUGUGGCUAAUCAGUGAUAGCACCUUAUCUUACACAACCCACACACAGGCUUAAGAUAGCCCCUUGGGCUACUACAGAAGCCUUUGACUCGGGACCAGUUUAUUAAUCCUAUUACAUCACUAUCAAAUUAGCACGGGUCAAACGUGAUCAAAUGGGGCACUAAACGCUGGGUUGAAUAUUUUAAAAAGGGCAGAAAUGAAUGCAUUUGAAGAGGGUGGGAACCAUUGUUAAGCCCCCUGCGGCGUUAUCAGUGCACUUGAUGGCGUGAAACAUUGGGAUGACAAAGAAGUGCUAGGGAGGUUUCGUCAUAUCCUUAUGUCCUUAAAGAGCAACUACACGCCAAGACCACAGUAGGGAGUUUGCCGCCACCUAGUGGUGAAUCCUGUCGAGGUCAAAAACGUGCUUGGUUUGUCUCUGUACUUUGUGAUGUAGUAACCCAUCCAAAAAAAAAAUACUUACACUAUUAAAAACUCAAUAAUUUGCUUACAUCACAGAGUACCCUUGGUGUACUAUGGCUUGUGCCAGUGGCACUCUGUACAGUACAUACAUCAAAUGUAAAACGGGAAUAAGCUUGGGAACCACUAGCUUAUCGUAGUCAAUCAACUUAUCUAAUUAUGUGCCUCAAGCAAACCAACAGGUGGAUUUGUUGAUUUAAAAAGCAAGACAAAAACACUUUUUGUUCAUCAGACCAUUCGACAGUACUUAAGUGUGCCCUGAUGGAUUUUGGCAGCAAAUUCACAAAUGUGGUCAUUUGUUCAAUCGCUCUCCAACGUGGUAGUGGGGGGCCGUAGGGUCCUGAUACCCGCAGUACCACCCUCCUCCGGUAUCACCCCAAGCACACGUGCGGAUGAAUGCACCCUCGUCACAGAGUAGUACACGCCAGUAACAAGAGCGCCCGUGACUCAUUCUGCUUGGAGCAGGCUAUGGGAGGCUGAAACCCUUUUUUAAGAAAUGGCAUUUGGGAUUUGGCAUUUAGAUACCCAUUUGCGAGCAGAACGUCCACCUGCCAAGCAUCAUGGUACCCACCACGUUCUCGUCACUCUGGUGGUCACGGCUGUUGGUCGAGGGACCAAACACCCAAACCAAACCUCACGAACAGCCUUGUGUCCGGUGACACACGCCAUCACAACAACUGUUGCUUCUGAGCGUUAGCUAUGGUUACCUGAUCCAAAGCAUCGAUUGCACAAGCCAAGCUGUUCCCUUGUUGUUGUUUUUUACCAUUUAGUCAUUCAGACGUUGCUUUUCCAGAAGCAACUCAGUUGUUUGAAACCCACUGUUUGACUGGACCAUCCUACUCUUUCCGGUUUACUUCCAAAGUUUGGUUAUUUGUUACAAACAAGACCGGACCUCGAUCUUGCAAGUCGAGGAAAACUCAAUGUUGGGGUAACAGGUCCUCCACAGGUCCUAACAAUCCGUCGUUCUAGUCUCUGUAAGUCCCAGAGUGCUCUGUCCAUGGUUCUUGUCGUGACAUUUAAUUGAUAGUAUUAAGUAGUAUACUUUGUAAGCAUUACUCUCUCUGCCCAUCGUGACCAAAACCCUUUAUAUCAUACAGUUGUGCUAGAAUUUUCCCAGACUUACGUGAGCUAACAAACUGAAGUCAAUUAGAUUCUGACCUCAAAUCAACAUUAUAAGUGGUUUGUAUUUUAUUAUGUUUGUUUUUUAGACCAGCUAAUGUGAUACUAGCUAACGACCUAUACAGCGAUUAGGUGUAAUCAGAGAGAUGACGCAUACUGUAAUUGGAUCUUCGAGGCACUUCUUAAAUAAAAUGUCUUCCACUUGUUUUUAACAAUAUUAUUCUUUUUAUGUAAAGAUGAUGCUGAUUUGGAGAAAAACAAAAUAAUAAAAACGAUCAUGGUUGAAAAUGUGCCACUUGCAUCAAUAGAAAGGCAACCAUUUUAGAUUCACUACCUACAUUAUUAUACACAAUAACUUAUCAGGUUGGUUUUUUCCUUUGUCAUUGUACAUUCUUUUUACGUUGAAGUCCUCGCCCCUUUAAAAGGGACGAAAAAAACCCAGAUUUUCCAAAAGUGAAGUGAAAUAAAUAAAAGUGCACAUUAAUGUUCAGCUUCUGACAUACAACUGUCAUUUUUUCCGGCGCUAGGCGGGUUGUUUGCGACGAUGACUACAACAGCGCCUUGAAUUCCACACCGAACUUUCAACGCGGCCGGUCGUGUCGACAUUCGAUCCGGCAGCGAAAAAUAAAAAAACAAACAGACUAAAAUGGCAAGAGUUCUGAGCAUGUGUAUUUGUGUGUGUGUGUGACGGCUGGGGGAG